AUGCACUCAUCGGCCACUCACUUGCACUCUUUUACACGCAUCCCCGCCUCUGACAGUCUCAUUACGACACGGUCCAGGCUCAUCGCACAAUCAUCCUCAAUGGCACAUCUAAAACCCCGAUUACAAACACUGCUGCCCGCGUCUCGCUGUAGGGCGCGCGGGAUUGGUGGAGACGUCGGCUUUGUCAUGUGUGCUGAAAAAUGCCAUCUGACAAAGCCGCUAAUUAGCAAGCCUUGCAUGAACAUGAACCGCUAG